UAUUAUGUAUACAUUGUUCUGCCUGCAGGCCAGAAGAGGGCGCCAGAUCCCACCACAGAUGGUUGGGAGCCACCACGUGGUUGCUGGGAAUUGAACUCUUAACCACUGAGCCAUCUCUCCAGCCCUGCAGGUGUCAUUUUUAAGAGGAGAAAAAAGGGAGGUCUGUAUUAGAAUGGGCUGGGAUUCGGUGGUAAAGGAGAUAGAGGACGGGAGAAGGGGAAGGGGACAAGGGAAAGGGGGCAGGGGUAUUUUCCUGGGGGAACAAAGGACUGCCUCUGGAUAGAAGACAGAUGUGACGCAUAGGCAAAUGGCAGUUUAUAAAUGUAAAAUGUGCCCGGUGGUGAUGGCGCACGCCUUUAAUCCCAGCACUUGGGAGGCAGAGCCAGGUGGAUCUCUGUGAGUUCGAGGCCAGCCUGGUCUACAGAGAUAGUUUCAGGGCAGCCAGGACUGUUUCACAGAGAAACCCUGUCUCAAAAACCCUAUAAAUAAAUAGAUAGAUAGAUAGAUAGAUAGAUAGAUAGAUAGAUAGAUAGAUAGAUAAAUAGAGGUGAAGCAGGAAACCUAUUAUUAGGAUGAGGUGCUUAAUUUUAACUGGGCGUGUUAAUUAGGUGAGCCAAGGGGCGGGUUGUUUGUUUGUUUGCUUGCUUGCUUUUGUUUUGUGGAGUUUUUUUUUUUGUUUUUUUUCCGAGCCAGGGUUUCUCCGUGUAGUUUUGGUGCCUGUCCUGGAUCUCGCUCCAUAGACCAAGCUGACCUCAAACUCACAGAGAUCCGCCUGGCUCUGCCUCCCAAGUGCUGGGAUUAAAGGCAUGCGCCGCCGCCGCCGCCGCCGCCGCCGCCACCCGGCCCAAAGAACAUUUUUGAUUGCUGGAUUUCAAUACUUUGAUAGCUAGACUUUGGUAGUCAGCCUCAGGAGAAGGAGGUGGCCAAAUAAGGGAAUAGACCGUGGGGGCUAGCUUUAGGAAUGUAAUCUAACGGCUUCCAGUGGGCCAGUGUCCCGUCAACAGUAGUGUGUGUUCAGUGAACUGCGUUAAAAUGGAGGGAAACAUUUGGUGGAUGAAAUAAAAGAAGUGAGAUGAAAAUAUCCAUUCUGGCCAGACUGGUUGGUAUAUGGCUGUAAUUCCAGCACUACAGAGACUGAGGCAGAAGGGAUGUGCGUUCAAGUCCAACUUGGGCUGCACAGAGGCACCCAGUCUCAAAACAAACAACAAAAAACCCUCCUUUCCUCCAGGGUUACCCUCUAGAGUUCCUGUGUCAGGAUGAAGUGCUCCAAGGAAUUAGAAUUGGAAAGAGGCAGGGAAUGUAUGGCUGGCUAUUCCACUUUGCCAGUUGUGUGUGUUGGGGGCAGGCAGGGCGACCAACCAUGGUGCCUGUACUCGGUGUCAGCCCCCAUAUUCCGGGUAGUGGGGUGGAUCUCUCAAGGGUACCCUACGUCCUGCGUGCACCCCCUGGUCCCUCCACACUGCUCCUCAGUGCACCACACUGCUCCAGGGGCGGUGUGGCAUGCCUGUGAGUAAACUCAGUCUAAAGCGGGGAGAAUCCCGGACCGGAGCGCAGGAGCCAGGGGAGGAGAGCCGGGAAGUGGAGCCAGGGUCAUCCGACAGCAGCUCUCCUGGCGGCAGGCCGCAGCGAGGGGAACAGUCCUACACUCUGGGUGCUCGCUCCUCCUCCCGUCCCCUGCGCAUCCCUGCUCUCGCUCCUGGAGCUCUGCAGAGUCUCACUGGGGCGCUGCAGCGAGGGAGCUUCAGGCUCACCAAAACCGGGACCGCUGCGGAAGCCAGGGCAGGGUCCGCUUCGCUGACACCAUGAAUGGCUCGGGCAGCCUGGGGGCCGAGGACACGAGCCAGGAAGUCAGCAGCGGCGGCUGGCAGCCCGAGGCGGUCCUCGUGCCCCUGCUUUUCGCGCUCAUCUUCCUCGUGGGCACCGUGGGCAACGCGCUGGUGCUGGCUGUGCUGCUGCGCGGCGGCCAGGCGGUCAGCACCACCAACCUGUUCAUCCUCAACCUGGGCGUGGCCGACCUGUGCUUCAUCCUGUGCUGCGUGCCUUUCCAGGCCACCAUCUACACCCUGGACGGCUGGGUGUUCGGCUCGCUGCUCUGCAAGGCCGUUCAUUUCCUCAUCUUCCUCACCAUGCACGCCAGCAGCUUCACACUGGCCGCGGUCUCCCUGGACAGGUAUCUGGCCAUCCGCUACCCGCUGCACUCCCGAGAGCUGCGCACACCCCGAAACGCGCUGGCGGCCAUCGGGCUCAUCUGGGGGUUCGCACUGCUCUUCUCCGGGCCCUACUUGAGCUACUACCGUCAGUCACAGCUGGCCAACCUGACCGUGUGCCACCCAGCAUGGAGCGCGCCUCGACGCCGCGCCAUGGACCUCUGCACCUUCGUCUUCAGCUACCUGUUGCCUGUGCUCGUCCUCUGCCUGACCUACGCGCGUACCCUGCGCUACCUCUGGCGCACAGUCGACCCAGUGGCGGCAGGCUCGGGCUCCCAGCGCGCCAAACGCAAGGUGACACGCAUGAUCGUCAUCGUCGCCGCGCUCUUCUGCCUAUGUUGGAUGCCCCACCACGCGCUUAUCCUCUGCGUGUGGUUUGGUCGCUUCCCGCUCACGCGCGCCACUUACGCGCUGCGCAUCCUUUCACACCUAGUUUCUUAUGCCAACUCGUGUGUCAACCCCAUCGUUUACGCGCUGGUCUCUAAGCAUUUCCGCAAGGGUUUCCGCAAAAUCUGCGCAGGCCUGCUGUGCCGCGCCCCGAGGCGAGCCUCAGGCCGGGUGUGCGUUGUGGCGUCUGGCAACCAUAGUGGCAGUGUGCUUGAACGCGAGUCCACAGACCUGACACAUGUGAGCGAGGCAGCAGCGGGGCCUCGUCCAGCACCCGGACUUCCCAACUGCACAGCCUCGAGUAGAGCCCUCAGUCCUGUCGGUUAAAGGAUCAAAGGGCAUCUAAGGACAUUUUCACAGUGUGGCCUGAGGACACCUGUGGGUUGCAGCCAAAGACUAAUUGUAGGGAAAUGCUUCUCUGAUAUUAAACUGCACAGAUUGCUGGUCAUGUGACAUAAACCUUCAAUCCCAGCACUUGGGUAGUUGAAGGAACAGGAGCAAAGCCAGCCUGGAGUUUGAGCCCCCCUUGAACUACACGAGAUGCAGUCUGAACAAUAAUAAAAUUCUUAAAAGAUUCAAACCAUUUCAUAUGCUGUGAUGCACGUGGGAUUUUGACAUGAAGCCCCAAGCCUGGGGUAAAAAGCCUUUGGAACUUUACAGGGUGUGGGAGGCUUCUCAUAGUGGGGUGCAGGGCGCUUAGCUUAGAUACUAGAAAAUUAAAGUCCCUAACUGAAGCUAGGGAUCCAGUGAUGCCUACCGUGUGCCCCCUACUUCCAGGUGCUAGUUGUCCAUACCUAAGUUAUCAGCCAACUCACGUGACCAAGACAAGCAACACAUUUGAGUUGACGCUGACUGAUGGACAAACAUCAUGUGUUUGUGUUUCCAGUUUGUUCAUGCACAAUUGCACUCUGAGUCUGGGCAUCCUGACCAGUGAGUGCUUCACACUUGGCCCUGCAUUCGCUUUGCUGCCUACAAUUGGGCAGGAUCGAGUACCUAGCAUUUUCAUUUUUGCUUGGGGGUCAAAAAGUCACCUUCCAACAGGUUCCAUUCCACAUAAACUACAGUGAUUGAUCCUAAGUACUUUGGGUUGGGGCAAGCUAAUUCAGCAGGACAGGGAUGCCCAGGGUUUCAGUCACUGGUCUCUAUCUGUCCCUGAGUUCUUGAGCCAAGGCACUUUACAUUAAGUAUUUAAGGAGCAGCAAGGACAAAGAUGUCUCCAACACACAUCGUGGAGUGGGCUGACUUUGGCCAAAGGCACCACUAAAGGGCACAGCCAGCCCUAACUAGGGCUUGUAGAAGAGACACAGUGGAGCUGGAGAGAUGGCUCAGUGGUUAAGAGCUCCUCUUCCAGAGGUCCUGAGUUCAGUUCCCAGCAACCACAUAGUGGCUCACAACCAUCUACAUUGGUUUCUAAUGCCCUUUUCUGGCAUGCGGCAUAUGAACAGACAGAACACGCAUACAUAAACAAAUAAAAGAUCCUAGGCUUGCCUCAUAGGGCAGUGUGUUCCAGGUGCUGGAAAUGGAGCAGGAAAGGAUACUUAGGCAGGUGCAGUGGCUGGUCUCUGAGCUUUGUCUUUGGGUGUUUGUGGAACUGGACAGAAGUAUGCUUAGUCCAAGGCUGAGCCCUUCACAGAGCAGCUGCCUCCUUUCAGUGGCUCAGUCCUCACAGAAUGGGCUGAAUGAAGGUUGUAGUUUAGACCCCACUGCUCUGCCCAGAGUCUGAUGAUGGCUCUGUGGAUCCAGCUCCAUUUAGCCUUUCUCCAGCUCAGCAACAACCAGCUCUUGAUCCAGAAGACCAGUUUCCAGGAAUUAGCAAUUGGUAGGUAGAGGGCUCAAGGUUUUAAGUGUUCGGAUUUGGGUCCUGAGAUAAACCUGA